AUGCAACUAAAGACAAUUCUUCUAGUACUUCUUAUUGUCAAACUGUGCUUACUCUACACCGUAAUAUAUGACACUGUGGUUAGCUUGAUACGUUUCGAUGAGCCCGAACUUUUCGAUACUAAUGAUAUCCAUAUGUACGAUGUUCUGCAGCUUCUGGUAUCACUGGUCCUCUCGGCGUUAUCAAUAUUUCUCAUUGUUCUGACGACACUUGGCCACUCCGAUCUCCGCAAAUCCUAUCUCGUCUUCUCGUUUUCGUUUGCCUUAUGUUUCUGUUUUCCAUUUUAUUUAUCAGGAUAUUAUUUAUACUAUUUUUCCGUUGGCAAUUCCACUGUCAAUCCAUCGCUAGUUGAAGUUUUUAAACGGGUUUCGGAUUUCGUCGAAUUAUCACAAAAUAGUACCACGAUGGUUGAUGACACUCUUAUCGAUGAGCUUCGGUAUAUUCGAGAAACCCAAUUGAGGUAUUGCUGUUGCGGACUCGAUGGUCCUCAAGACUUUGAUGUGAACAACACCGGCACAUUCCAUCUCGACGGUGUUCUAAUUAUCAGUGGAAUAUCGCUUACUUGUCCGUCGCCAAAGUUUCACCGAAUAUUUUCAAGUAUUGGAAUGCUAAGCUGUCUCAUUCAUCUAGUCGUCUCGCCAUUUUUAUACGGGCAAUUUGAGCUCGAGCGGCGAACUAGUCGGUCGGCUUAUAUUCGAAAAUGGCGGAGUGAUCUUGACAAAUUUCUUCAUUCUCAACAAAGUUUUACCACUCCGACAUUAGCGAAGACGAAAUCCGAGACGAAGCCGCUACUCAAGAAAGUUUCAUCGACCACUGCGAGGAGCAACAAGGUUAAAAAUGCUGACUUACUCUUGGCAAGAAGUUUGAAGUCAUUGACAAUCGAUGACUUUCCUUUCCUUAGGACUAAUGAAGAUGUGAAGAACCGAGGCGAGCAGAUUGUUCAGAAUUUGGUGUCCGCGUUGAAGAUCAUCAAGAAUCGUCUUGGAGAUUGCGCGAAAGGUUCAAUUUUUGACAACAUUGAAGUCGCCGCAAGAGCUCUCACUGGAAUAUCUGCUUCUUCGAUCCGACGGAGACUUGAUGAAAUUCCCGAAACGAAACGUCCUGAAAAACGACAAUGGAUCAGCAGAACGUCCAUUUAUAAGGCUGCAGGAGAAGGAAUUUCUGAAUAUAAGAAAGAACUCAUCAGGAAAAGGCUAGAGUACUGUUGGAAAAAUGAAGAAUUGGUGACAGUUUCGAGUUUGAGCGAAUGGUGCAAAAACAUUCCUACGAGUACAUCGAAAAAGAAAGAAUAUUGCUCGUUUCUGCUGAAAAAUGGGAAGGUUUUCCAUCCUAGAAUAAAAAGAAAAGAACUUUGGGAAUCGGUCAAGGAUGUGAUCGCGAUGAAUGGAGGGCGCCUUCGGAUGAGGAAAUAUGAAAUUGACGAAUGGGCACGAACAGAGCAUGGAGUCGAGAUUGUCCGGUUGCCGCCAUAUCAUUGUUCGUUGAAUGCCAUCGAAUUCGUUUGGGCGCAGUUGAAGAACCAAUUGAAAAGCAUUGGAAAGACGACGGACAAAUUGGAGACAAUCAUCGAAAGAACACGCUCAAUUUUAGAAAAUUUCUCACCUGUCAAAGCUAUUAAUCUUCUCAAUCAUGUGAGGAAGCACGAAGAUGCGAAGCGUCAGGCGAUUAUUGAUGGAACCAUAGUGAGCAACGAUGAAUCGGAUGACACAGAAGACGGAGACGACGAGCUAGAUUAUAAUGAUGAAUAG